AUGGUCAUCAUCGUUAGUGUUCGUUUUUAUCGUCCAUUCUCGAUCUGCAUGCGAAUUCUAGUGCCGACUUUCUUCAAGGAUUCCCCACGUCUCGUCAGGCUGUAUGUGGUGUUGUUGCAUUCCCUGGUCACCUUGUGGUUUCCACUGCAUCUGCUCUUGCAUCUUCUGCUACAUCCUUCGCCGGCUGCCCUCUUGAAGAAUCUUACCAUGUCACUGACCUGUGUGUCCUGCAGUCUGAAGCAUGUGGCCCACUUGUAUCAUCUGCCGGAGAUUGUGGAGAUUGAAUCGCUGAUUAGUCAGUUGGAUACAUUUAUUUCCAGCGAACAGGAGCAUCGGUAUUACCAGGAGCAUGUGAAAUGCCAUGCCAAACGGUUCACAAGGUGUCUUUACAUAAGUUUCGGCAUGGUUUAUGCGGUUUUUCUAUUGGGUGUGAUUGUUCAGAUUUUUAGCGGAACUUUCGAUCUUAUAUACCCCGCUUAUUUCCCUUUUGACUUGGAGAGGAAUCAAUGUCUUGCUGCUGUGGCCUUGGGCUAUCAGGUAUUUAGUAUUCUAGUAGAAGGCUUGCAGGGAUUGGGAAACGAUACUUAUACCCCAUUGACUUUGUGUCUACUGGCUGGACAUCUCCAUUUGUGGUCAAUAAGAAUGGCCCAGCUGGGAUUCUUAGAGAAGGAAAGUACCUAUAAUCAUCGAAGAUUGCGAGAGUACAUUGAGCAGCAUAAGCUGUUGGUGAGAUUCCAUCACCUAGUUGCUCGGACCAUCAGCCAGGUGCAGCUCGUCCAAUUGUGUGGCUGUGGCGCUACCCUCUGCAUCAUUGUUUCCUACGUCCUGUUCUACGUGGGCGACACCAUUUCAUUGGUCUACUAUUUGGUCUUCUUUGGCGUUGUCUGUGUGCAGCUCUUUCCCAGCUGUUACUUUGCCAGCGAAGUGGCAGAAGAGAUCCAAGGAUUGCCUUAUGCAGUUUUCUCCAGCAGAUGGUAUAACCAACCGAGGGAACAUCGCUUUGAUUUGCUCAUUUUCACCGAAUUGACUUUGGGGAGCCAGCGGCUGGUGAUUAAGGCAGGAGGCCUCAUUGAACUCAAUCUGAAUGCCUUCUUCGCCACUCUAAAGAUGGCCUACUCUCUGUUUGCCGUCGUAGUGCGGGUAAAAGGUAUAUAG